UUUCUGUUUUGUAACAAGAAAAAUGAAGUAAUUGAGAUUAUUUUAGAAGACUUUUAGUAGGUAGAUAAGUCAUAAAAUAUAAUUGGUUUUUCAGCCUUAUAAUUUCAACUGAAUAAUGACAAGGAAUAUCAGAAAAGAAAUAUAAUAAAAGACCCAAAAUGAAUCCUAUGACAAAUAUUAAAAAUGUUCUCAAGUUAAGUGAAAGAGAGUUGUCAGGCAAUUCAAAGUCAUCGUGGCACGACCAGUACAAGGAUAGUGCGUGGGUGUUCAUUGGGGGACUCCCGUACGACCUCACCGAAGGAGAUGUCAUUUGUGUGUUUUCACAAUAUGGCGAAAUUGUGAAUAUCAAUUUGGUCCGAGACAAGGCAACAGGGAAAUCAAGAGGAUAUGGAUUCCUCUGCUAUGAAGACCAAAGGUCUACAAUAUUGGCUGUUGAUAACCUCAAUGGCAUUAAGAUCCUCGGUCGUACCGUCCGCGUGGACCACUGCGAGCAGUACAAGGCGCCCAACGCUGACAUGUCCAAGGUGGACGAGCUGACCGCGGCAGUGCGGAUGCAGGGCUGCGCUCCCUCGGCGCCCGUCGCCGCCGCGCUCGUGCCCAAACCAGAACCUGUGGCUAAAGUGGAACCUGAUGAUGCUCAGGAAAAACCCAAAAAAAGAAAAAAGGAAAAGAAAAGCAAAAAGAAGAAAAAGAGAAAGAAGAAGUCUAGAAGCUCAGACUCCGACUCUAGUUCCAGUUCAGAUGACUAAAGGCUUUUUGAAAUAAAUAGAUAUAAGAAUCAGGUGA